UAGGUGACGUCACACUUAGGUACAUAGUGAUUGCACUUAAAUCAUCAAAAGAUUCGAGCGCGCACGGAGAUCGUACUUUUGACCGGGAUUCGCGACUUAGGCAGCUAAUUGGCUGAGAAGACCAUUAUCGGUCUUCGUCGUCGGGAUCUCGCGGCUUCCCCCUGUUGUGCGACGGCGUCUCGCAGCCUGGAAGCGAUUCAGGUUGAAAUCGAUUUCGCAUAAUUCCCGAUCCGGGAUAUAAUUCUCCCCGAUAUAUAAUAACGAGGAUCACGUGCCAUGAAUAUUAUUUCCCCACGUUUAGCGAAUGUAGCAAGGAGGAAUACACUGUCGGACUUGGUGACCCGCGCUUGUCUGGAGACGGAUAACGAAGUGCGUUAAUAUCAAAGACUACGAAAUGAACAGUGACAAUCGCAAAGAGCAAGAUUGUGGGCGAGGUCCGCUGUGUUCUCGCAACGAGUUUCCGCACCGUCGUUACGGCGGAAAGCCACGAGAGCGCCCUUGCUGAAAGUUAUUCGAACUCGCGAGUGAGAGUGUUAAUCGCAUCGCUGAGGAACAUGAGACACAAAGGCGAGAAGGGCAGUUAGUUUGACGUAAAGCGGCUUCGGCCGACGUCAUGUCCGCCGUUGACUCGCAGCGCAGAAUUUCCCGUUUUCUGUGAGACAAUUCGAUUUUUUCCGAUACGGGAGGAUCGCGCCCAGAAGAGGCGCCCGGAGCCAAUUUGGAGCGACCGUUGACCUUGACCGAGGCCAUUUCGGCCACGACCGAUUGAGGACCACGCAAACUGCCUAACCAGCACUCAGUACUAAUAACUACAAUAGAUAGAGACUGUUCUCUCUUUGUGUUUAUCUCUUUCUUUCUCUCUUGAGAAUUAUUAUCGAUCUAGCCAGCUGUCGACCGUUCCAUCUCCAACGUCCAGAGUCCAAGAGGGGAUCUGUAUGAAAAGUCUGAGACCAAUCAUCAGCCCGUAGACCAGGAGAUCCUGUUUAAGAGAUUCUGCACUUAAAGUGAUUCUGCGUCAAAGCGCAGCAGAGCGAUGCUAUACUAGUGACGUUACCGUUGCUACGUCACGAUAACGGUAAUCCGCGUACGAGCGGCGCAGUUGCGCAGAACGGAGAAUCACCAACCUUCGUUGUUGUAGUUCAGAGCAAUGAGAGCGCCUCGUGGAAUUUAAAAGUGAAACUGUGACACGUUAUCCGGUGCCUUCUCCCAUUCUUUUUGCUUCUACUAUCUACCACGCGUCCUCUACUUUUCUUUAGUUUAUCCGCCACGUUACCUUGUGUCUCUUCCUUCUUUCCUCUUCCUCGGUAUUUCUCCUCACUUGAUCGGCGCGACCCUCGUUUCCCUCUCUUUCUUCUUUCUUCCACGAUCUCAUCAAGUGAAGCCGCGCGCGAAAGGAAAAGAGAAGAGCGCGAGUGAAAGUGAAUCUCGUUAUGAAUUUACAGAGUGAUCAGUCGCUCGUUAUAUUGUGAUUAUACGUUGGUGAAGCGUUUGGAUUAGAUCGGUAUACGAUGAUUAGCAUAUUACACGAGUCCGGUACCACCGGCAGCAGCAGCUGAAACCGCCAACCUAUCAGGCGUCGACCAGGCGGAACUUUUGCAACUGAGGAUUUAGAAGGGUAAGAAGAGGAAGUGCUACCAGCUGGCGCUCACGUUGAUGGCCGAUCAUCGACGAACCAAAAAUGAAUUAUGACCCUUCCGAGCAGCCCGUGUGAGAUAGAAAACAUGAGCUUGUUUCAAGAUCUCAAGUUGAAAAGGAGAAAGGUCGACUCCCGAUGUAGUAGCGACGACUCCCCGGUAUCCCUCGGAUCAGCAGGCUCGCCGCAGGGGAAUCCGACGACGGACGCACCUUCACCCAUAAACUUUCCUGCUCCAGGGGAGAGCAUGGCCGACACCUCAACUCUGUCGCCGGAAACGAACAUGCCGAGCUCGCCGGGUUGCCAGAUCAGAGUAACGAGUGAGUAUAACCUGCUGGGCAGCCCGAGUCCAGGGCCACCACGAGGAGACUCCCUUCGUGGUAUCGGCAGUAGUGAUGGCGGAGGUGGAAGAGGAAACGGUCAAGAGGGUCGCGACGCGGGAUGCUCGGAUCGUGCGUCGCCUGACUCGGUCUUCCCGGAUGCCGGUUCGAUGAUGAGCUUCAGGGUCUCUGAUGAGCAACAACAGCAACAUCAUCAGCAAUCACAGCAGCAGCAUCAGCAACAACAACAACGCUCCAUCACUCCCGUACAGAUCAAAACGUCGCCGUACUCGCCAAUUCCAGCAGUCUCAUCGACUCCGAUUGCCCAGGAUGCCUCCUCGAGGAGUGACAGCCCGGACUUAAAGGGCGACCUAUCGUCCGUCCAGACCAAGGAAGAAUCCGACAAUUCGGUCUUUGAUGGAGGUGGGGGCGGUAGUAGUGGCGGUGGCAGUGGUGUCGGUGGUCGUUCAGAAGCCUCCAACCAACCUAGUCACCGGAAUAGCCCGUCAUCUCAAUUCAACUUGAACCUGAACAUUAGUCCCGGCGCAGUUGGUUCAGCCAGACCACACGGAUCCCUGCAACAGCAACACUCACCACCGGCACCACCAAGAUCACGCGCACCCCCGGUACCACCGCAUCUGUUGGUGGCUCAUCAUCAAUUUUGGUCUCAGAACACUACUAGCGUACAGGGAUUCGCUACGCAGAGGCUACUCAAUGGUGUCAUCAGCAGUGCCGUUAGUUACGGUGGGCAGAAUGCAACAACUGUCUCCACCAGUUCCAGCGGUACCAAUGUCAGCUGUGUCACUACCGGUGCUACCACCACGGCAACCUCGUGUGAAGGUAUGAAACCACCGGCGCAGAGAGCAGCGCCAGCACCACCGCGGCCCCCGCCCACGGUGUUAAUGGGUGAAAUCGGCGGCGUCCGUACGAUGAUAUGGUCAGCGCCACCGUUGGAUCCGGUACCACCACCAGCAGCAUCCUGGUCUGCUACAGCGGCAGCGACCGCCUCAUGCUCUUCGUCGGAGGAGUCGGCUGCCCAGCUAUUGCUGAACCUUGGCCAGGAAUCCAGGGGUAAACCACCCUCGUCCCCCGCGGUUACGUACUCAUCCGCCGUCGGACCGCCGCUCAACAUGGAGAGGCUGUGGGCCGGCGAUCUGACGCAGCUGCCGGCCGCGCAACAGAUGCAGGCGCUGAAUCUCACGGCGUCCGGUUCCGUCGCGCAACCGUGGGUUAGCAAUGGUGGUACUGUUGUCAAAUCUGAGGCGGCCUCGCAAUCCAUAUCGGUGGCACCGCCUGCGCCUCCUUUACCGCCUCAGGAAAACGAAGAAGACGAAACGCCUAUGAUAUGCAUGAUCUGUGAGGACAAGGCGACCGGCUUGCACUACGGUAUUAUCACAUGCGAAGGAUGUAAAGGCUUCUUCAAGAGGACCGUACAAAAUAGACGGGUGUACACAUGCGUGGCAGAGGGAGGCUGCGAAAUUACGAAGGCUCAGAGAAACAGGUGUCAAUACUGCCGGUUCAAGAAGUGCAUCGAACAGGGUAUGGUCCUGCAGGCGGUUCGAGAAGACCGGAUGCCUGGAGGAAGAAAUUCGGGUGCAGUAUACAACCUUUAUAAGGUGAAGUAUAAGAAACACAAGAAAAGCAACAAGACGUCGGGUGGCGUCGGUGGUAUGAGUGGCGGUAACGUCGGUGGUGUAAACGGCUCGGGUACUCUCGGGGGUGCCAAGAGUACAAUGGGUACGACGAUGCUAGACAAGCAUAUGGCCGCGGCUGCUGCCCAUCACAGCCAGCAACAGCAGCAGCACGCCCAACUAGCUGGUAGUUUCCUUCAUCAUCACAAAAUCUCAUCAGGCGAGCCACUCAACUCACCACCCACUCCUAGCCACCCGAGCCAUCCUGCGCAUUCGGGUCAUCUCGUCAACGGGACUAUCCUGAAGACGGCGCUCACUAAUCCCUCUGAAGUGGUACACUUACGACAAAGGUUAGACAAUGCAGUUAGCAGUUCGAGGGAUCGAGUAUUUCCUUUGGACGCAACCUUAACUAUGAUUCAAACCCUUAUAGACUGCGACGAGUUCCAAGAUAUCGCCACAUUGAGGAACUUGGACGAGCUGCUGGACCAUAAUUCAGAUUUAAGUGACAAGCUGUGUCAGAUAGGAGACAGCAUAGUGUACAAGUUGGUGCAGUGGACCAAAAGGUUACCGUUUUACCUUGAGCUGCCGGUCGAAGUUCACACGAGGUUGCUCACCCACAAGUGGCAUGAACUUCUUGUGCUGACCACAUCUGCCUACCAAGCAAUGCACGGUCAUCAUAGGUUGACAAAUGUCUCUACUGACGGGACGGGUGCAGACUUUAUGCAAGAAGUAACGAACAAUAUGUAUACGUUGCAAAGAUGCCUAACCAGCAUGAUGGGUCGGCCGAUAACCAUGGACCAAUUGCGGCAAGAUGUAGGGCUCAUGGUGGAAAAAAUCACAUAUGUCACGUUAAUGUUUAGGCGAGUGAGGCUACGAAUGGAGGAGUAUGUCUGUCUAAAAGUAAUCACUAUGCUCUCACAAGACACGAAAUCACGAGGAAGUACAUUGGAAUUAGAACAAAUACAAGAACGGUACAUGAGCUGUCUGCGAAGUUUUGUCGAGCACAGCGCUCCUCAGCAGCCAGGUCGAUUUCAUGAUCUUCUUGUCAGGUUACCCGAAGUACAAUCGGCGGCGACUUUACUACUCGAGAGUAAAAUGUUCUACGUUCCUUUCCUAUUGAACUCAGCAAUUCAAAGAUAGUAAAUAAAUAAAAUGACGAUGAACGAAGCUGAAUACCUAUAUACAUGCUAUACAUACGUUAUAAAAAUAUAUACAGAAAAAGUAAAGGAGCGAACAAACAACAAACGAACAGAAACAAAGAAAAAGGUUCAAUGAAAGACAAAG